AUUUACAUUUAAAAAAUAAAUCAUACAAUAUGGAUAAAGAAGAAAUAAACUGUACAUUUGCAAUAGUAGGAGGUGGUAUUGCAGGAGUAUCCUGUGCAGAAAGUAUAGCUUUUCUUGCCCCAGAGGAAGAAAUCAUCCUUAUUAGUGCAAGUCCUUUAAUAAAAGCAGUUAGAAAUAUAAUUCCCCUUGGUAAAACAUUAAUGCAAUUUGAUAUAGAAGAGAAGGAAACAAUACUUUUGACAGAAGCAUAUAAUUCAUUAAAAAUUAUUAAUGAUUCUGUAGUAAGAGUAAAUGUUUUAAAUAAACAAGUGGAAACUCAAAAUGGAAAAAUUAUAAACUAUAAAAUGCUAUGUCUUUGUAAUGGUGCUAGACCAAAACUUAUAGCUGAACAUAAUAACUUUGUACUAGGAAUAAGAGAUACAGAAUCUGUCCUUCAGUUUUCUAACAAAAUAAAAAAUUCAAAACGAAUUAUAAUAGUUGGAAAUGGAGGUAUUGCUACUGAAAUUGUACAUGAAGUGGAUGGUGUUGAAAUGAUAUGGGUAAUUAAGGAUAAACAUAUUUCUGCAACAUUUGUUGAUCCUGGAGCUGCAGAAUUUUUUAUAGAUAAAGUAUAUAAAACUGAUACAUCUGCAAAUACCGAUGUAAAUGCUCCUACUAAAAGAAUGAGGUAUGUAGUAUCCGACCUUGCACCUGUAAAAGGUGGAGCAGCUUUAGGUCCAGAUUGGCAUAACAGUUUUGAUGUAAAAGGUGAUUUUCUUAAAUGUGCUAAAGUACAAGUGGAAUAUGAAUGUGAAAUACUUAAAAUUCUUAAUGAAUUAGAAGAAAAAGAAUUUGAUCCUAUGCAAGAGUGGUCUACAUAUGUUGAAUUAACAAAUGGGAAAAUUAUUGGUUGUGAUUUUAUUGUAUCAGCAACAGGUGUAAUACCAAAUUCCAAUAUAACAGGUUUAGAAGAUCUAAAAAAAGGAGAAGAUGGAGGACUGCUAGUAGAUUGGAAACUGGAAACUUCAGAACAAGAUAUUUAUGCUGCUGGAGAUGUAUGCAGUGCUGGUUGGGAAUUAGCAAAACAUUGGUUUCAAAUGAGAUUGUGGACUCAAGCAUAUCAGAUGGGACGAUAUGUAGCAAAAUCAAUGGUGUCUAAAUUAAGAAAUGAAGAAUUCCUACAAGACUUUUGUUUUGAACUUUUUACUCAUGUAACUAAGUUUUUUGGUUACAAAGUGGUUUUACUUGGUUUGUGUAAUGGACAAAAAUUAGAAAACAAUUAUGAGAUAUUGUUACGAAUGACUAAAGGACAAGAAUAUAUAAAACUUAUACUAAAAGAUGGCAGAAUGCAAGGAGCAGUAUUGAUUGGAGAUACUGAUUUGGAAGAAAUGUGUGAGAAUUUAAUACUUAAUCAAUUGGAUUUAAGUAUUUAUGGGGAAGACUUAUUAAAUCCUGAUAUUGAUAUCGAGGAUUAUUUUGAUUAA